AUGCUCAUCACCUCUACUACAUUUAGAGAUAUGGCAGCAGCAGUGGACAAGGAGUUGGUGAAGGUGGCACUGGGGAUGAAUGACUGGCAGGCACUGCUCGUGUCUGGCUCCAGACUGACUGUACAGGAGGUCAACAGCAACAACUCAUUGAUAAUUAACCUCCACUCGACGACACAACAACAUCAGUCCACAGAAAUGAAGAUCACCGUCAGCGUUACCAGCAAGAGAGGCACUGUUUACCUCUUCUUCUCCUGUCCGUCAGGGUGUGUGAUGCAAGAGACUCUGGCGGACGAUAAGUUGAACACUAUAGUACCAUUACGGGAGCACAGGGAUGUGUGGGUGUGGACACCGCGACUCAACGAGACUCUCCUGCAGGUAGUGCUUAACAUAAUGCACACACAGACUAAGAGUUUGACUCACCGGAAUCUUACCUUCAGGCACUGUUGCAGCCCCUCUUGGACCAGGCUCAGAGUGAUACUGUUCAACGAGACUGUUGUCAUGGAGGUGCGCGGCAUCAGUGAUGACAAGCUAACAGAGCUCGGCACAACUGGUCCAAUUCCCAAAGUAAAAGCAGAGGACCAGUUCUUCAUCUCAUUCCGGUCUGCCGACACCGCCUUCUGGAGCCUGGGAUGCGACGCACGUCUGGUAAACAUGCAAGAUAAGUGGUCCAAGGACAGGUUCUCGCAGGUAUGGCUGUGGGUGUGUCUUGCCGUCAUGAUGACGUUCCUAGCAUUCUGUGUUGCUAUCGCUUACAUAUGGAACGGUUGCAAGAGAAGCCGGGGCCAGCGCGGCGACAAACAAUUACGUGACGAGUCACCACAUUCCUGGUGGAACAUGAGCUCCGUGUCCAUUUGUGAGGCAUCACUGAGAAGACGUCCACCUAUGAUAUCCUUCCAUGCUCCUUCGGUAGAGGAAAAGGAGGCAGUGCAGGAAGAGAUGGAAAGGAAGUCAUCAUCUGACAAAAGGGCUUGUGUAGACGACUUUACUUCUGGUGCUGCUGAAUGUCAGUAUCCUUCGGGAAGCAAAAGUUCACCAUCAGAGCUCCGAACUGAAAACAACAUAGACAUUUCUGAUGAAACAGAAAACACUGGCAAUAAAAGUCCUGUUUCAGUGUGCGUUAUUUGGAGCUCUAGAUGUAAGACUGGUCAUGGCAGCAGUGGCUCUUCUUCUAGAGACCAGAAAUGGCUACCACCUAGUAAAGAUGCUUAUGACAACAGAAAUGUAGCCUCUUACUCACACAAGGAUAAUUUAGAUAUUAGAAAUAUUGCUCCUCCAGGGCUGAAGGGCAUUACUUCAAGAAGCAGAGAAAACAUUCACUUGUCCAGGAGGCACUCUCAGCCUCACAGACAUCUUCACGAAGUUGCUCGCAGCCCCAAGAAACACCGUUGCUUCAAAGAUUCAGAUAAACAUCAGGAAAAAUUAGCCAUUCAGGAGAGCUGUGGAGGCCUCGUCGUGAACAGUCAGCAACACACAGGCAAAAUGGGAAAAGCUAAUGAAAGGUAUAGUAAGAAAAAUGGACGAGAAUAUAAAAUAACCAGAAAGUCCAAGAAAAAUCUUAACUGCAGUCAGUACAAAGAACAAGAGCGAAGCCAUCCUGGGAUACCUGGUGGGGAGGUCGAGAACACUACCUACAGUAACAAAGGUAUGUUAAAACAACUUCAGAAACUAAGCAGCACUGAUAUACAAAAUGAAACACCAAAAAAGAAAAAGAUAACUUCAGAAUUCCAGCCAGUGGACCGUAAUUUGAGUUCAGAUCAGGUACCAGCAAUCGCAGUCCCAUACAGUCUGAGCAGAGAAGACUACCAUCAGGUGAAAUAUUGCUCGAAUGAACAUUUACUUCAAAAGUCGAACAAUAAGGAAACGCCAUGUUUAUCAACCCAGACAGGCAAAGAAGCCUGGUGUAAGUCUCCCCCGCUCAAGACACUAGCGCACCCACCCACGCUGCAGCGAAAGGCUGCUUCACAAACCUACCUAUCUGAAGGGUAUUCCGGGGAUCAACACCCCCGCGGCCUGGUCCACAACCAGGCCUGGUCGCAAAACCUGAUACCUUCUAAGACUUUUUCAAGCAGCUCCAACUCAAAGGAACACUCACAAAAGUUAUCUUUAAACAGAGCGCCCAGGACGCCCAAACUCUGCCACAACAUAAGCGGAAGUCCCUCAGAUGGUUCCUUUAAUCAUGAGGAAAUAUCCGCAUCGAAACUUCAGAUUCAUUCCAUGAACUGCAGCCCAAUAUCUGCUCCUCCGAGUCCACAACCACACACCAACGUCACCCACCAACCGACUGACAGCCCUAUUCAACACACAAAGAAUCUACAAGUUCGAGUUCUGCCGCCACUCCAGCACCAACCUGUAAGCCUCACUCCAGCUCCCGGGUCAUCCAAGGAGUGUGGGAAAUACCGCGAUAAAGUGGAGUGGUGAGUGAGAAGCACGAGGUGAGGGAGUCCUUCAGAGGUAAAAGGAAGAUCGUUAUCUUCCUGCAGACUUGUUGUACAAACAUUUUGUCUCGUAAUGUGAAGUGAAUCAAGGUAGAACAAAGAUAAAAAUCAAUAUCACACUUAGUUAAUAAAUGAUAACAAAUUUAUUACUGCUACUGCUGUUAUUACCACUACCACUACUAUUACCACUACUACUAUUAUUACCACUACUGUCACUACUAUUAUUACCACUACUGCUAUUAUUACCACUACUGUUACUAUUAUUAUUACCACUAUUACUAUUACCACUAUUACUAUUGCUAUUACUAUUAUUACCGCUACCAUUACCACUACUACUGCUGUUAUUACCACUACCACUACUAUUAUUACCACUACUACUGCCAUUAUUACUACUAUUAUUCCACCACUACUGCUAUUAUUACUACUACUAUUAUUACCAUUACUGCUACUACUAUUAUUACUACUACUAAUACUGAUGCUACGAUUAUUACCACUACCACUAUUAUUACCACUAUUAUUAUUACAGCUACCACAACUAUUAUUACCAAUACUAUUAUCACUAAUACCACUAUUAUUACCAUCACCACAACUAUUAUUAACACUACUACUACU